AUGACAACAUCUCUUCAAAUUAAAAAACCUGAUCGACCCGCGUUAGCUAAACAUGAUUCGUCCAUUCUCGACCUUGUCUUUACAAUUGACUCCACUAGUUCUAUGGCACCGUACAUACAAAGUGCCAAGAAUAAUAUUUGUUCGAUUAUCACAGAAAUUGUCGCAAACGAAAAGAGUGAUAUUCGUUUGGCACUUAUCGAAUACAGAGAUCAUCCACCACAGGAUGCCACUUUUGUUACACGUGUACAUGACUUAACUAGCAACAUAGAUGAAAUGACAAGCUGGUUGGAAGAUUGCAAUGCUGAAGGUGGUGGUGAUCUACCGGAAGCAGUUGCUGAUGCUCUUGCCGCUGUGCUUAAAUUAUCAUGGCGUCCUGAAUCUACUAAAAUUUGCAUACUUAUAUCCGAUGCGCCACCACAUGGACUCGAUCAAAACGGCGAUACCUUUCCAAAUGGAUGUCCAGCUGGUCAUGAUCCAGCAAGAAUCGUUCGAGAUAUGGCUGAAAAACAUAUCACACUCUAUUCAGUUGGUGCCGAACCAUCUAUCGUUCCUUAUCGUGAUUUUUUUAUGGCAUUAGCUUAUAUUACUGGUGGACAAUAUGUUCCAAUGGUAAAUGCUCAACUUUUAGCAAAAGUGAUUGUUGGUGGAGUUCGUGAGGAAAUAUCACUAGAUCGCUUAAUGCGAGAUGCCUUACCAGAUAUUGAUCGUGAAAUGAACAAUGCUGAAGCUGAAGGAGCCGAUGAAAAAGUCAAAUCUAAACGACUUCGUGACAUGUUUUCUUCCAAAAACAUACGUUCAAAACAAAUGAAAAAUGCUAAUGGAGCCUUAACAUCGACUGCUACAGAUGGAUACGCAAAAUGUCCUGAUAUGACAGAAAUGAGAAUUCUAUUUCAGCAACAAUCGAAAGCUACUUCGACUCCUUACACACACAUCGAAACAAUAUCUGAAACAAAUUAUGAUCUGUUGGAAGAUGAAGCCAUUAGUGAAGAUCAGGCUGCGCGAAUUGUUCAAAAAUGGCAGGGACGUCAAGAUAGAUACUAUGGUUUUAUUCCAUCGUCAGACAAAUAA